GUCUUUGGUGCGCGCCCUCCUGGGCUCUGCCGCAGCCGACGCCGCCAGGACUGAGUCCCGCGUCCCGUGCCCGGGCCUGCUGCAGAAUGAAUGCAUGUAUAAAUGAAUGAAGGAAGGAAGGAGUGAAUGCAAGCACAGCCUGCUGUCUCUGUCCACCCUGGCCCAGUCCUGGCAGCCUGGAGGAAGAAGAGGAGGAGGAAGAGGCGGGAAUGGCCCCCGGGACCCUCCAGGCGGUGGUGACGCUCAGCGACGUGGCAGUGGACUUCUCCGUGGAGGAGUGGGAGCAGCUGACCCCUGCCCAGAAGGAAUUAUACCGGAGUGUGAUGCUGGAGAACUACAGGAACCUGGUGUGCCUGGGACUGGCAGCGUCCAGCCCAGAUGUGAUGGGCCUGCUGGAGCGAGGCGAAGGACCUUGGACACUAGAAGGCAGAGUCCAGAGAGGCCAUCGUGCAGAUCAGGAGACAAGCAGUGAAACCCAGGAGGCAGCUACAAAACAAGGCCUCUCUAUGGAAGACUCAUCCCAAGAAAGACUCAAAAACAGUAGUUCCUGUGGAUCCAAGUUGAGAGAAACUCGGAAGUGCAAUGUCAUAUUAGAGGGACAGCGGGACAAUGAGAAGAAAUAUUCUGGACAAUUAAAAAUCACCCAAAGGAAAACUCUCAGUAAAGUGAGAGGCCAAGAAUAUAAUCAGUGUGGAAGAAGCUUCGGUUUAGAUCCAGUCCUUUUUCCACAACAGAGAGUGUCCAUAGGAAAGAGUCUCCAUAAACAUGAUAUACACAGAAAGAGCUUUAGGAUGUAUUCAGACUUAAGAAAAUGUAAUAGACUUUACUCAAAGAAGAUUUUGUCUAAGUAUAAUGAAUGUGAGAAACCCUUCAGUUAUAUUUCGGACUUGAUUGAUUAUCAAAGAAUCCAUGCUGCAGAGAAACCUUAUGAAUGUAAUGAAUGUUCGAAGGCCUUCUGCCGGAGCACACAACUUAGAAUACAUCAGAGAAUUCAUACUGGGGAGAAGCCUUAUGAAUGUAAUGAAUGUAGGAAAGCUUUUAGCCAGAGCUCACAGCUCAUUCAACAUCAGAGAAUUCAUACUGGAGAGAAACCUUAUGAAUGUAAUGAUUGUGGGAAGGCCUUCCGCUGGAACUCACAGCUUAUUCAACAUCAGAGAAUUCAUACUGGAGAGAAACCUUAUAAAUGCAACGAAUGUGGGAAGGCCUUCCACCAGAGCACAGUACUUACUCAGCAUCAGAGAAUUCAUAGUGGAGAGAAAGCUUAUGAAUGUGACGAAUGUGGGAAGUCUUUCCACUGGAGCACACAACUUACUGUGCAUAAGAGAAUUCAUACUGGAGAGAAACCUUAUAAAUGUAAUGAAUGUGGGAAGGCCUUCCGACGAAGCUCACAGCUCACUGAACAUCAAAGAAUCCAUACUGGUGAGAAGCCUUAUGAAUGUAAUGAAUGCGGGAAAACCUUCCGCCAGAGCUCACAGUUGAACCGACACCAGACAAUUCAUACUGGAGAGAAACCUUAUGUAUGUAAUGAGUGUGGAAAGGCCUUUCACCAGAGUGCAGGGCUUACUCAACAUCAGACAAUUCAUACUGGAGAGAAGCCUUAUGAAUGCAAUGACUGUGGGAAAGCCUUUAGCUUGAGCACACGACUUACAGUACACCAGAGAAUUCAUACUGGUGAGAAACCAUAUAAAUGUAGUGAAUGUGGGAAAACCUUUCGCCAGAGUGCAGGACUUACUCAGCAUCAGACAAUUCAUACUGGAGAAAGAGCUUAUGAGUGUAAUGAGUGUGGGAAAUCCUUCCGACAGAACUCACAGCUUACUCGACAUCAGGUAAUCCAUACUGGAGAGAAACCCUAUGAAUGUAAUGAAUGUGGAAAGACCUUCCGUCAAAGCUCACAGCUUACUCAACAUCAAGUAAUUCAUACUGGAGAGAAACCUUAUGAAUGUAAUGAAUGUGGGAAGACCUUCCGUCAAAGUUCACAGCUUACUCGUCAUCAAAUAAUUCAUACUGGAGAGAAGCCUUAUGAAUGUAAUGAAUGUGGGAAAGCCUUUCGACGGAGCACAGAACUUACACGACAUCAAACAAUUCAUACUGGAGAAAAGCCUUAUGAAUGUAGUGAAUGUGGGAAGGCAUUCCGCCGUAGCACAGGACUGGCUGAACAUCAGAGAAUUCAUACUGGAGAGAAACCUUUUGAAUGCAAUGAAUGUGGGAAGGCCUUCCGCCUGAGCAUCGGACUUACUGAACAUCAGAGAAAUCAUACUGGAGAGAAACCAUAUGAAUGCAUCGAAUGUGGGAAGGGCUUCACUCUGAGCACACAACUUAAUCGGCAUCAGAGAAUUCACACUGGAGAGAAACCUUAUGAAUGUAAUGAAUGUGGGAAACCUUUUCGACAGAGAGCUCACCUUAGUCAACAUCAGACAGUUCAUACUGGGGAAAAACCUUAUGAAUGUAAUGAAUGUGGAAAGGCCUUUAGCAGAAGCACUGGACUUACUGAACAUCUGAGGAUUCAUACUGGAGAGAGACCUUAUCAAUGUAAUGACUGUGGAAAGACUUUCCGAUUGAGCACAGGACUGGCUGAACAUCAGAGGAUACAUAGUGGAGAAAAACCAUAUGCUUGUGAUGAAUGUGGGAAGGCCUUUAGCCUAAGCAAGCACCUUACUCAACAUUACAGGAUUCACACUGAAGAGAAGCCUUAUGAAGGCAAAGCUUUAGGGAUAUAACAAAGUAUGAAGGAUUUCAGUUAGACUUGAUACUUUAUGGAAAAUUAGAGAGCUCAAAGUAAAGGGAAACGUUAUGGAUCAACUAGAUCAUUGUUUAAUUUCCCCUGGUGGCUUCUCCUCUCAAUCGCCAGCUCUCUCCCUCUUCCAACCCCCCAUACUUAUAACAGAUAAUUUAUGCUCCUAGUUUACUGAGAAUACUGUGGCAAUCCUAUUGGAAUUUGCUUCUUUAAUUCUCUUUCUCAAUAGGUCUUCGACUUGCCAACUGUUCUUUUUUCCUUCUUAGUGUCUUUAUUAAAGCCAAUUCCUUGGCCUAUGUCUUUGACUCAUCACUUCCUGCUUACUCCAGUUUCAUCUUCCAGCAAUCUUCUCUUCUCUGACAUGUAUCUCAGACCUGUAUACUGGCUCUUUCCCAGCUGAUUACAAAACACAGUCAGAUAUUCCCAAUUUAAUGUGUUCCUAAUCAUGCUACUAUCUUACCUCUUCUCCCUU